AGGGGGGAGCCGGAGGGGAAGCAGAGAACGCGAGCGAGGCACCAGCCCGCAGCCCGCCCCCAGCACAUCCUCAGACGCGCAGACACUCGGCGAGGCGCUGGGCGAGGUGGAGGUGAGGGCGGGCGCGAGCGAACUCGGAGAGGGGCUCGCUCACUCCCAGGCGAUCCCAGGCGCCGCCGCCGCCGCACCAGCAGCAGCAACAGCAGCAGCAGCUUCCUUCCUCAGACUCCCCUCGUGAGGCUGGCCGAGCGGGUGUAGCCGUUGGGGGAGGCUCCGGCUAGGGGAACCCGGCGAGGGUAAGAGCUGGGCGGCUGCCUCCCACUCGGGCCGUCCGGCGGUGGGUGCCUCCGCCCGCGUGUCGGUCCCGGGUGCCGGGGGAUGUGUGUCAGUUUACGCCUCUGAGAUCACACAGCUGCCUGGGGGCCGUGUGAUGCCCAAGGCAAGUCUUGGGUUUUAUUUUUAUUAUUUUUUUCUUUUUUACGCUUGGCUUACGGGAAACAUCCGUGAUGUUGUAGGAUAAAGGAAAUGAUACUUUGAGGAACUGGAGAGGACAUAGAUGCUUUUUUAAAGAGAGGAAACCCGUCCUGUCUUCCCAGCUUGCUCCCUCUUUGCUGAUUUCAAGAGCUACCCUCCUCCUGGUGAGGUGGGGAUCCGGCAAGAAUAAAGGUGAAGACGGGCCGCCAGGACCCAGGAGGGAAACAUUGACCAGUAGAAACCUUUACAGAGGACACUGAAAGGAAGAAUAUAAGAAAGAGAAAAAUACAAAGACAUAAUUAUACCAGAAAUCUACAAAAACAUCUCUGGAGAAAACAACCUCCAAAAUGGAUAUGUUUCCUCUCACCUGGAUUUUCUUAGCUCUCUACUUUUCAGGACACGAAGUGAGAGGCCAGCCAGACCCACCCUGUGGAGGUCGUUUGAAUUCCAAAGAUGCUGGCUACAUCACCUCCCCGGGUUACCCCCAGGAUUAUCCAUCCCACCAGAACUGCGAGUGGAUUGUUUACGCCCCCGAACCCAACCAGAAGAUUGUCCUCAACUUCAACCCUCACUUUGAAAUCGAAAAGCAUGACUGCAAGUAUGACUUCAUUGAGAUUCGGGAUGGAGACAGCGAAUCCGCAGACCUUCUGGGAAAGCACUGUGGGAACAUCGCCCCACCCACCAUUAUCUCCUCUGGCUCUGUCCUCUACAUCAAGUUCACCUCCGACUACGCCCGGCAGGGGGCAGGCUUCUCCCUGCGCUAUGAGAUAUUCAAGACAGGCUCGGAAGAUUGUUCAAAGAACUUCACAGGCCCCAACGGGACCAUCGAGUCCCCGGGGUUUCCCGAGAAGUACCCACACAACCUGGACUGCACCUUCACCAUCCUGGCCAAACCCAAGAUGGAGAUCAUCCUGCAGUUCCUGACCUUUGACCUGGAGCACGACCCUUUGCAGGUGGGAGAGGGAGACUGCAAAUACGAUUGGCUGGACAUCUGGGAUGGCAUCCCGCACGUUGGCCCCCUGAUUGGCAAGUACUGUGGGACCAAAACACCUUCUGAACUCCGUUCCGCAACCGGGAUCCUCUCGCUGACCUUUCACACGGACAUGGCGGUGGCCAAGGAUGGCUUCUCUGCACGUUACUACCUGGUCCACCAGGAGCCACCAGAGAGCUUUCAGUGCAAUGUCCCCCUGGGAAUGGAGUCUGGCCGGAUUGCUGAUGAACAGAUCAGUGCCUCAUCUACCUACUCUGAUGGGAGGUGGACGCCUCAGCAAAGCCGGCUCCACGGUGAUGACAAUGGCUGGACACCCAACUUGGAUUCCAGCAAGGAGUAUCUCCAGGUGGACCUACGCUUUCUAACCAUGCUGACGGCUAUUGCAACGCAGGGAGCAAUUUCCAGGGAAACUCAGAAUGGCUACUAUGUCAAAUCCUACAAGCUGGAAGUCAGCACGAAUGGUGAAGACUGGAUGGUGUACCGGCACGGCAAAAACCACAAGGUGUUCCAAGCCAACAACGAUGCCACGGAGGUGGUUCUGAACAAACUGCACUCGCCGCUGCUGACGCGCUUCGUCAGGGUCCGCCCUCAGACCUGGCACUCGGGCAUCGCCCUCCGCCUGGAGCUCUUUGGCUGCCGGGUCACAGAUGCCCCUUGCUCCAACAUGCUGGGGAUGCUCUCUGGCCUCAUCGCCGACUCUCAGAUCUCUGCCUCCUCCACCCGCGAGUACCUCUGGAGCCCCAGUGCCGCCCGCCUGGUCAGCAGCCGCUCGGGCUGGUUCCCCCGGAUCCCUCAGGCCCAGCCGGGCGAGGAGUGGCUUCAGGUGGACCUGGGAGUGCCCAAGAUGGUGAAAGGCGUCAUCAUCCAGGGGGCCCGUGGAGGAGACAGCAUCACCGCGGUGGAAGCCAGGGCAUUUGUGCGCAAGUUCAAAGUCUCCUACAGCCUAAAUGGCAAGGACUGGGAACACAUCCAGGACCCCAGGACCCAGCAGCCAAAGCUGUUUGAAGGGAACAUGCACUAUGACACCCCCGACAUCCGGAGGUUCGACCCAGUUCCGGCGCAGUACGUGCGGGUCUACCCUGAGCGGUGGUCGCCAGCGGGGAUCGGGAUGCGGCUGGAGGUGCUGGGCUGUGGCUGGACAGACUCAAAGCCCACAGUAGAGACACUGGGACCCACCGUGAAGAGCGAAGAGACCACCACCCACAAAGAUUUGCAGCUCCCUUCAGGAUUCAACUGCAAUUUUGACUUCCCCGAGGAGCCCUGUGGUUGGAUGUAUGACCAUGCCAAGUGGCUCCGGAGCACCUGGACCAGCAGCUCCAGCCCCGACGACCGGACGUUUCCAGAUGACAGGAAUUUCUUGCGGCUGCAGAGCGAUGGCCGGAGAGAAGGGCAGUACGCGCGGCUCAUCAGCCCACCCGUCCACCUGCCACGGAGCCCCGUGUGCAUGGAGUUCCAGUACCAAGCCACGGGCGGCCGCGGGGUGGCGCUGCAGGUGGUGCGCGAAGCCAGCCAGGAGAGCAAGCUCCUCUGGGUUAUCCGUGAGGACCAGGGCGGCGAGUGGAAACACGGGAGGAUCAUCUUGCCCAGCUACGACAUGGAGUACCAGAUUGUGUUCGAGGGAGUUAUAGGAAAAGGACGUUCGGGAGAAAUUGCUAUUGAUGACAUUCGGAUAAGCACCGACGUCCCACUGGAGAACUGUAUGGAACCCAUCUCAGCUUUUGCAGUGGACAUCCCAGAAAUACAUGGGAGAGAGGGCUACGAGGAUGAAAUUGAUGAUGACUACGAGGUGGACUGGAGCAACUCUUCUUCCCCAACCUCUGGGUCUGGUGCCCCUCUGGCCGACAAAGAAAAGAGCUGGCUCUACACACUUGACCCCAUCCUCAUCACCAUCAUUGCCAUGAGCUCGCUGGGCGUGCUGCUGGGGGCCACGUGCGCGGGGCUUCUGCUCUACUGCACCUGCUCCUACUCGGGCCUGAGCUCCCGCAGCUGUACCACGCUGGAGAACUACAACUUCGAGCUUUACGAUGGCCUCAAGCACAAGGUCAAGAUGAACCACCAGAAGUGCUGCUCGGAGGCCUGACGCACUGCACCCAAGUCACAUUUCAUUCCAGCAAGAGGGGCUAGUCAAGAUUACCGUGGUUUUUUUUGUUGUUGUUGUUGUUUUUUGUUUUGUUUUUCCCUUUGGAAACUGAAGGCCAUAAUCUCGAUCAAACCGAUCCAGAAUACCGAAGGUGUGGACAGAACAGACAGGCGAGUCGAGGGAGGAGGGCAGAUGCAGCCGUGCAGGGGGUUAUGACCCACCUAGGACCGCAUGGCUGAGUCGUUGCUGGGACAAAGACGGGAGCUCAUCUCUUUGGGGUCACAGUUCUCUUUUGUUUGUGACUUUGUUAUUAUUACAUUUUAUUUCUUUGGUCUGUGAGCAACUCAAGAGAAUGAUCUUUCCAGUACAGAGCGGUGAUCAAUAUUCUCCACUUUCUCUUUCUAAUCAACAUUUGGAAAGCAAAGGGUCUUUUCAGACUUUCCAUCUUUGGAAGAAAAAAACUCCACCCAAAAGCCGUCCAGUUUAUCCUGUCCUCUGAUCGUCGUGUGACUUACGGGAUUUGCAGGCUGUGGGUCCCGCCAGCCAACUUGACAAGCUGCCGUUUCCAGUCCCAGCAUUUCAGUAGGAUGUUGUUGCCUUUAACUUUUUUUAUCCAGGGGAAAAUUGCCAUUUUAGGGUCAGCACGAAUAGCUCUUUCUUACAUGCGAUGUAAAACAAACCAGAAAGGAAACUUCACACAUCAGAAUCCGUAGGAGCGCCUCCACGUAAGAAGCGGACGAGCCUUAACGUGCUUUGUGAAUAGGAGCCAUUCGUUCGAUCUAGAAUUUGUGGCUGUGAGGCUACUUUGUGGGGCCUCCGGUGGUGGUUUGGCUUUUUCUUUUCCCUCCUCCUUGUUCCUCUAAAACAUACACGUACACACAUGCACACACGCACAUGUAUCAGGUCUCCAAGCCCCAGGAAACGACAUUGUUCUACAGUCUCCGAAAUGGGGCUGGGGAAAUACAGGCUAUUAGUAUGUUUUCUCCAUCAGUGAGACUAACUGGUGACCACUGGACCAGGAGAAUGGUGGAGACAGAAAAAGAAGGCCAUCCUCUGUAAUCAUGUGAUCAGAAUCACAUGAUCAUGAGCAGACU